GCGGUAGGUGACAACUCAACUCAACUCAACUCAACUAAGCCUUUAUCCCAAAAAUUUGGAGUCGGCUAUAUGGAUUCGCUUUCUCCAUUCUGAACGAUUUUGGGUUAAAUCCUAAAAAAUGUGUAAUGCUUCUAGGUCAUGUUGUACUACUCUCCUCCAAGUUAAUUUAGGUCUACCCCUUUUUUUUUUCUAUCCUCUAAUCCAAUGUGCUCUACUUGUCUAAUUGGAGGCUCCAUAUGUCUACGCUUCACAUGACCAAACCACCUCAAUCUCAUUUCUCUCAACUUAUCUUCAAUUGGCACCACUCUUACCUUUUCUCUAAUAUUCUCAUUACGGAUUUCAUCUAAUCUAGUAUGGCCACUCAUCCACCUUAACAUUCUCAUCUCUGCAACUCUUAUCUUAGAUGCAUAUGACUCUUUCAGUGCCCAACACUCACUACCAUAUAACAUAGCCGGUCGUAUAGCUGUACGGUAAAAUUUUCCUUUCAAUUUAUUGGGAAUCUUACGAUCACAUAAAACUCCCGUGGCACGUCUCCACUUCAACCAUCCAGCUUUAAUCCUAUGACUAACAUCCUCCUCACAUCCCCCAUCUACUUGAAGGACUGAGGCUAGAUAUUUAAAGUGAUUACUUUGGGGCAGUAUCACUCCAUUCAAACUAACUCCUUCCUUAUCACCAGUUUGGCCUUCACUGAACUUGCAAUGCAUGUGUUCUGUCUUCGUUCUACUUAACUUAAAACCCUUUGACUCUAGAGUACUUCUUCAAAGUUCUAACUUUUUAUUGACUCCUUCUCGUGUCUCAUCUAUCAGAACAAUAUCAUCCACAAACAUCAUGCACCAAGGAAUACUCUCUUGUAUAUGUUUCGUCAGUUUAUCUAAAACUAAUGUAAAAAGGUAAGGGCUUAUGGCUGAUCCUUGGUGUAAUCCAAUUGAGAUCGGAAAAUCUCUUGUGUCCCCUCCUACUGUGCGCACAAUAGUAGUUGCUCCUUCAUACAUAUCUUUCAAUACUUUUAUGUACCUAAUAGAUACCCUCUUUUGUUCUAACACAUUCCAUAAGACCUCUCUUGGAACACUAUCAUAAGCUUUCUCCAAAUCAAUAAAAACCAUGUGUAGAUCUUUCUUCACAUCUCUAUAUUUCUCCAUCAAGCUUCUAAUGAGAAAGAUCGCUUCCAUAGUUGAACGACCGGGCAUGAAAACAAAUUGAUUGAGAGAGAUAGAAGUAUCAUGACGUAGUCGAUGCUCCACAACUCUCUCCCACAACUUCAUAGUAUGGCUCAUGAGUUUAAUUCUCCUAUAGUUUGAGCAACUCUAUAUGUCUUCCUUAUUUUUAAAAAUAGGUACUAAAAUACUCUUCCUCCAUUCAUCAGGCAUUUUCUUUGAGUUUAGAAUUUUAUUAAAUAAUUUAGUUAACCAUGCCACUCCCAUAUCUCCCAAAUACAUCCACACUUCAAUUGGUAUUUCAUCGGGUCCACAGGCUUUACCCACUUUCAUUCUCUUAAGUGCUUCCUUUACUUCUAAAGAUCUAAUCCUUCUAGUAUAAUUCACAUUCUUUUCUAUUGUUCUAUAAUCUAUAUUCACGCUAUUACCAUUUUGACUAUUAUUAAAGAGAUCAUUAAAAUAAUUUCUCCAUCUUUCUUUAAUGUCCUCAUCUUUCACUAACACUUUUCCUUCUUUAUCCUUAAUGCACCUAACUUGAUUGAGAUAUUGACAUUUCCUUUCUCUCCUCCUUGCUAAUCUAUAAAUAUCUUUCUCCCCUUCUUUAGUUCCAAGUUUCUCAUAUAACUUUUCAAAGGCCUGUGCUCUUGCUUGACUAAUUGCCUUUUUUGCCUCUUUCUUUGCUAUCUUGUUCUGUUCAUAUGCCUCAUUAUUAUCACAUUUAGGUAAUUUCUUAUACCAUUCCCUUUUUCCCUUCACUGCCUUUUGUACUUUCUCAUUCCACCACCAUCUCUCUAAGUACUUUUCUAGCUACUUCUCGAAUCUUUGAUGCCAUCUGUAUCCACAUAUCAUUGGACUCCAUAUCCAGCUUCCAUGCUUUGGACUCGAGAAGUUCAUUUUUGAACUUCACUUGCUUUACUCCUUUGAACUCCUACCACUUUGUUCGAGCUACACUAUUUCUUCUGACCUUACUUGAAUUGUUCCUAAACUUGACAUCCAAGACCACCAACCGAUGUUGACCUGUUAAAGCCUCUCUUGCAAUCCUUGCAUAGAGCUCUAUUUGUCUUCCUAGUUAAGAGGAAGUCGAUUUGGCUUCUAUGUUGCCCACUUUUGAAAGUCACUAAAUGUGACUCUCUUUUUAUAAAGUAGGUAUUUGCGGUAGGUAACAACCAGCGUAAAAAUUUCGUCACACCUUAUGAUAUGGAUUCAAAUGAUAUAAACGUUGGGGCGUCCUCUACUAACGACGCGCUACAUCGGAGCCCGAGUGUAGUGAGAAAUAUGCAAGGGUUUAGGGCGUUCACCGAAAGCGAUGCGCCAUGCCGGCGCCUGGGUGUGGUGUUAAGUGAGCAAGGGUUCCCACAUCAUGGACGGGUGUGGGUAAAGAAGUUAGUUCAUAGGACAGAUAGUAGAACAAAUAGUGGAACAGAACACAAGAUAGAUAUAGAAAAUAAUAGAAGAUAUCAUAGAAAGAGACCAAUUAGGAAGGAGCAGGUUAGGAGGAGGAUUAGAGUUGGUACUUGGAAUGUUGGAUCACUUACAGGAAAAUUAAUGGAGCUUGUGGAUACCUUGGAAAGGAGAAGGGUGAAUAUUGCUUGCAUUCAGGAGACUAAAUGGGUAGGAGAGAAAAGUAAGGAAGUGGGUAAUUCAGGGUACAAACUGUGGUUUACCGGAAAUGAGAGAAAUAAGAACGGAGUGGGCAUAAUCAUAGACAAGACAUUGAAAAACGUAGUAAUAGCUGUGAAAAGAGUAGGAGAUAGAAUUAGGGGUGUGCAAACGGUCGGUUCGAUUCCGAACCGAACCGAACCGACAAAACAGAAAAUUGAAAAUCAAAAUUUUUAAAAACCGAAUCGAACCGAUUGAUAAGAGAAAACUGAACCAAAUCGAACCGAUAAAUAUCGGUUCAGUUCGGUUUUAAACCAAUCAAACCGAAAUUUAUAAAAUUUUAUAUUUUUAACAUUAAAUCUAAAUAAUAAAAACAUAAAAACAAAAAAAAUUAGAAAUCAAAACUCAAAAAUCUUAAGGUUCGGUUCGGUUUUCUUUGAUUUCGGUUCGGUUCAAUUCGGUUCGAUUCAAUUUGAUUCGAUUUUUUUUUAUUUCCUAUAUAUAUUAAUAAUUUCGGUUUAGUUCGGUUUUUUUUUUAUUUUUUUUAUGAAAACAACCGAACCGAACCGAUUAACCGAAAUUAUCAAAAUUAUAAACCGAACCGAACCGAUUAAAUUUUAAAACAGAACCGAUUGAACCGAAUUAAUUGGUUCGAUUCGAUUUUUCGGUUUAAACCAAAAACUGCUCUCCCCUAGAUAGAAUUAUGCUAGUAAAGCUAGUACUAGAAGGAGAAACAAUAAAUAUAGUUAGUGCUUAUGCCCCAUAAAUAGGACUAGACAGUGAGAGUAAACAAAGGUUUUGGGAAGAUAUGGAUGAUUUAAUGCAAAGCAUACCGAAUGAAGAGAAUGUUUUCAUUGGUGGAGAUUUGAAUGGACAUGUAGGAAGUGAUAGACAAGGUUAUGAGAAUGUUCAUGGAGGUUUUGGUUUUGGAAGUCGAAAUGAGGAGGGAAAAAACAUUCUGGAUUUUGCUAUGGCAUACGACCUAAUACUAGUAAAUACCUACUUUAUAAAAAGAGUCAAAUUUAGUGACUUUCAAAAGUGGGCAACAUAGAAGCCAAAUCGACUUCCUCUUAACCAGGAAGACAAAUAGAGCUCUAUGCAAGGAUUGCAAAGUCAUUCCAGGAGAGGUUUUAACAAGUCAACAUCGGUUGGUGGUCUUGGAUGUCAAGUUUAGGAACAAUUCAAGUAAGGUCAGAAGAAAUAGUGCAGCUAGAACAAAGUGGUGGGAGUUCAAAGGAGUAAAGCAAGUGAAGUUCAAAAAUGAGCUUCUCGAGUCCGAAGUAUGGAAGCUGGAUAUGGAGGCCAAUGAUAUGUGGAUACAGAUGGCAUCAAAGAUUAGAGAAGUAGCUAGAAAAGUACUUGGAGAGUCUAAAGGACAUGGACCACCCUCAAAAGAGAGAUGGUGGUGAAAUGAGGAAGUACAAAAGGCAGUGAGGAGAAAAAGGGAAUGGUAUAAGAAAUUACCUAAAUGUGAUAAUAAUGAGGCAGAUGAAUAGUACAAGAUAGCAAAGAAAGAGGCAAAAAAGGCAGUUAGUCAAGUAAGAGCAUAGGCCUUUGAAAAGUUAUAUGAGAAACUUGGAACUAAAGAAAGGGAGAAAGAUAUUUAUAGAUUAGCAAGGAGGAGAGAAAGAAAAUGUCAAGAUCUCAAUUAAGUCAGGUGCAUUAAGGAUAAAGAAGGAAAAGUGUUGGUGAAAGAUGAGGACAUUAAAGAAAGAUGGACAAAUUAUUUUAAUAAUCUCUUUAAUAAUAGUCAAAAUAGUAAUAGAGUGAGUGGAGAUUAUAGAAUAAUAGAAAAGAAUUUGAAUUAUACUAGAAGGAUUAGAUCUUUAGAAAUAAAGAAAGCACCUAAGAGAAUGAAAGUGGGUAAAGCCUGUGGACCCGAUGAAAUACCAAUUGAAGUGUGGAAGUGUUUGGGAGAUAUGGGAGUGGCAUGGUUAACUAAAUUAUUUAAUAAGAUUCUAAACUCAAAGAAAAUGCCUGAUGAAUGGAGAAGGAGUAUCUUAGUACCUAUUUUUAAAAAUAAGGGAGACAUACAGAGUUGCUCAAACUAUAGGGGAAUUAAACUCAUGAGCCAUACUAUGAAGUUGUGGGAGAGAGUUGUGGAGCAUCGACUACGUCAUGAUACUUCUAUCUCUCUCAAUCAAUUUGAUUUCAUGCCCGGUUGUUCAACUAUAGAAGCGAUUUUUCUCAUUAGAAGCUUGAUGGAGAAAUAUAGAGAUGUGAAGAAAGAUCUACACAUGGUUUUUAUUGAUUUGGAGAAGGCUUAUGAUAGUGUUCCAAGAGAUGUCUUAUGGAAUGUGUUAGAACAAAAGAGGUUAUCUAUUAGGUACAUACAAGUGUUGAAAGAUAUGUAUGAAGGAACAACUACUAUUGUGCGCACUGUGGGAGGGGAUAAAAGAGAUUUUCCGAUCUCAAUUGGAUUACACCAAGGAUCAGCCAUAAGCCCUUACCUUUUUAUAUUAGUUUUAGAUGAAUUGACGAAACAUAUACAAGAGCGUAUUCCUUGGUGCAUGAUAUUUGCGGAUGAUAUUGUUCUGAUAGAUAAGACAUGAGAAGGAGUCAAUAGAAAGCUAGAGCUUUGGAGAAGUGCUCUAUAGUCAAAGGGUUUUAAGUUAAGUAGAACGAAAACAGAAUACAUGCAUUGUAAGUUCAGUGAAGGCCAAACUGGUGAUAGGGAAGGAGUUAGUUUGAAUGGAGUGGUACUGUCUCAAAGUAAUCACUUUAAAUAUCUAGGCUCAGUCCUUCAAGUAGAUGGGGGAUGUGAGGAGGAUGUUAAUCAUAGGAUUAAAGCCGGAUGGCUGAAGUGGAGACGUGCCACGGGAGCUUUAUGUGAUUGUAAGAUUCUCAAUAAGUUGAAAGGAAAAUUUUACCGUACAGCCAUACAACCGGCUAUGUUAUAUGGUAGUGAGUGUUGGGCACUGAAAUAGUCGUAUGCGUCUAAGAUAAGAGUUGCAAAGAUGAGAAUGUUAAGGUGGAUGAGUGGUCAUACUAGACUAGAUAAAAUCUGUAAUGAGAGUAUUAGAGAAAAGGUAGGAGUGGUGCCAAUUGAAGAUAAGUUGAGAGAAGGGAGAUUGAGGUAGUUUGGUCAUAUGAAGCGUAGACAUACGGAGGCUCCAGUUAGACAAGUAGAGCACAUUAGGUUAGAGGAUAGAAAGAAAAAAAUGGGUAGACCUAAAUUGACUUGGAGGAGAGUAGUACAACAUGACCUAGAAGCAUUACACAUUUCUGAGGAUUUAACCCAAAAUCGUUUAGAGUGGAGAAAGCGAAUCCAUAUAGCCGACCCCAAAUUUUUGGGAUAAAGGCUUAAUUGAGUUGAGUUGAGUGGAGUUGAGUUGGAGAUUCUUACAAUUCAUUUUGAACUCAAGAGGAUGAUAGUCAGAGAAGGAAAAAGCUUUAUGUUCCACUUGUGGAGGACAAGAAUAGCAAUAUGAGAAUGCUCAAGAUAUCCAUUGUUGAUGAUCUGAUUUCAAAUUCAAUAAAUAUUCUUGAACCUGCCUUGGUAGAUUCUGAGCGAAAUCAUCGCGAAGAUGUUAUGCAGGCACGUGAGCCAGUUGACUUGGUCAUCCUACCUGGUCUUGCAUUUGACAGAUCUGGAAAUCGUUUGGGCUGUAGUGGAGGAUACUGUGAUGUGUUCCUGAAGAAGUGCCAAGACCUUGCAGCAGAGUGGAAAUGGAAACAACCCCUCCUUGUUGCACUGGCAUAUUCUCUGCAUAUCAUGGAGGGAGGAGCCAUACCUGUUACUCCAAAUGAUGUUCCUGUAGAUGCUCUUGUCACCCCUGCUGGUUUCAUUCCAAUAGCCCAACUGCUCUGGAAGGGUGCCAUAAAUGAAAAUGUCUCUUUUCCACUACGUAUCUUGAAAUUUUGCUUCACAUCUUUGCCAGAAGCAGCUUCUGUUUAUAAUGAAGCAUCAGAACAGUUACAAUGCAGAUACAAAUCGUGGUGAUCACAUGAUAGAAAACAAUGUGGAGCAGUGCACUAUAGUAUAUCAUGAUUUUGGUAAAAGCAUGCAAAACAAUCAGAGGUUAGAUCGACUGCCAUCGGUAGCAUAUCCUUGGGGCAACCCCCUUGGCUAACGUCUUGGAAAAACCUUUCUAUUAAAAAAAUUCAAGCAGUUACUAUUAUUCGCCCAAA